GUAGGUCUAUUUCAAAGUCCAAACCCCAAUGUGUUGGUAAAUUAGACAAACACCACCACCCCACAUGCCGCAACGUGCAUCAUAACCUUAUUUAUCUAAGCCCUUCACUGCCUCCACCUCCCUCAAAUCUAAACCCUUUUAAAUUCCAAGGGAAGAGAAAGAAAAUCGUCAAACACUUUCCACCACCACCACCAUACAUCCAUGGCUGCCAAGGACGACCGCCUUCCGUACCACCCAACCUCCAAGCCCUCCAAACCCUCUCCAUUCAUUUGGAAAAAACCCAACGUCUACACCUUACCCGUCGUCCUCUUCCUCUGCAUCUGCUCCUACUUUUUCGGCCUCUGGCAACACGGCGGCCCCACCGCGGUCACUAAAACCGCCUCCACGCCAACCUUCAAACUCCCAUGCAAAUCCCCCAACGAAAUCCACACCACAACCACAACAACCACCGCGUCAGCCUUAGAUUUCACCUCCCACCACAGCCCCAACUUCAGCACCGCCACGUCCUCCCACGCCACCACCACCAACGUGUUCCCGCGCUGCGAUGCGAAAUACAGCGAGUACACGCCAUGCGAGGACGACAAGAGGUCGCUGAAGUUUGACCGUGACAGGCUCAUAUACAGAGAGAGGCACUGCCCCGAGAAGAGCGAGCUCCUUAAGUGCCGCAUCCCAGCACCGCACGGCUACAAAAACGUGUUCCCGUGGCCGAGAAGCCGGGAUCUGGCUUGGUACGCCAAUGCGCCGCACAAGGAGUUGACGGUGGAGAAGGCCGUGCAGAAUUGGAUCAUAUACGAAGGAGAUAGGUUUAGGUUCCCUGGGGGAGGCACCAUGUUCCCUAACGGUGCGGACGCGUACAUUGAUGAUAUUGGCAAAUUCAUCAAUCUCAAAGAUGGCUCGAUUCGGACCGCCAUUGAUACAGGCUGUGGGGUUGCGAGUUGGGGAGCGUACCUGUUGUCCCGCGACAUCCUCGCCAUGUCGUUCGCGCCGAGGGACACGCACGUGUCGCAGGUCCAGUUUGCUCUCGAGCGCGGAGUGCCCGCCCUCAUCGGAGUCAUUGCGUCGAAAAGACUUCCUUACCCUUCUCGAGCCUUUGACAUGGCCCAUUGCUCUCGCUGCCUCAUUCCCUGGGGGCAACACGAUGGGGUUUACUUAACGGAGGUGGACAGAGUUCUGAGACCGGGCGGGUACUGGAUUCUAUCGGGGCCGCCGAUCCGUUGGGCAAAAUAUUGGAAGGGUUGGGAAAGAACCAAAGAGGAUUUGAAUGAAGAGCAGACUUCCAUUGAGAAUGUAGCCAAGAGCCUCUGCUGGAAAAAGUUGGCGGAGAAGGACGACAUUGCCAUUUGGCAAAAACCCACCAACCAUUUGAGUUGCCAAAACAACCGCAAGUUCGGCAAGGCUCGCAAUUUCUGUCCCGCCAAUGAUCCUGAUACCGCCUGGUACACAAAGUUGGAGACUUGUUUAACCCCAUUGCCAGAAGUUUCAGACAAUGAAGAAGUUGCAGGAGGGAAGUUGGCAAACUGGCCACAUAGGCUCAAUGCAAUCCCACCAAGGAUUAGCAAGGGAACUGUGAAAGGUGUGACGGCUGACGUUUUUAAGCAAGAUUCGGAGCUGUGGAAGAAGAGAGUUUCGUACUAUAAAUCGGUGAAUAAUCAGCUGGGAAACCCUGGAAGGUAUAGAAAUAUUUUGGACAUGAAUGCACAGUUGGGUGGAUUUGCUGCUGCCCUAGUUGAUCUCCCUGUCUGGGUCAUGAAUGUGGUUCCGGUGGAGGUUAAGUCUAACACCCUUGGAGUCAUCUAUGAACGGGGAUUGAUCGGAACAUAUCAGAACUGGUGUGAAGCAAUGUCUACAUAUCCAAGAACUUAUGACUUCCUUCAUGCUGAUUCAGUGUUUAGCCUCUACAAAGAUAGAUGCGAAGCGGAAGACAUUUUGCUGGAGAUGGACAGAAUUCUGAGGCCGGAGGGGAGCGUGGUCAUGCGAGACGAUGUUGAUGUGCUGGUGAAGAUCAAGAGCAUCGUCGACGGAAUGGAAUGGGACAGCCAGAUUGUAGACCACGAAGACGGUCCUCUCGAGAGGGAAAAACUGCUGUUCGCCGUGAAAAAGUAUUGGACAGCUCCUGCUGCAGCUGAAGAUAAACCUUCCUCCUAGCAAUGGCGUUUUGUUUAUCUCUGUUUUGUACUUAAAACAUUCAUGAUUCUUUUUGUGAAGCAUUUGCUCCUCCAGCUGAUAGCAGCUGGAUUUUCAUUUAAUGAAAGGUUUCUAUCCAAAUCUCAAUUUUCUCA